AUGGAAGAAGUUGCAGCUUUUUACUGGAAUUGCAGAAGAUAUGAUGUCUUUGGUGCAAUGGUCACAGCUUGGAUAUGGCUCUGCUUCAACAAAGCGAUCAUAGGAGUUUCAUUUUGUUAUGGAAGCGCGAUAACGCACAGAAAUGUCUUUUACGAGUAUGCUGUUGUUUGGCUUAUAUGUAUCAUCAACUUUAUUGCAUGCUGUCUUAUCUUUACCUACUACUUCGAUUAUGGUGCGAUUAGUAUGCUUCGUGGAAGUCUAGCAAUGUCGUGCUUAGCGCUGAUUUUCUCUACUUUGCUAGCGAUACAAGUCAUACGAGAGCUUUGCAUGUCGAAAAACCAGCAAGUUCGGGCGAAUGCUGUCGCUGAGACAAAUGCUACGACUCAAUUUGAUCAAAACGGGAAUCUUGCUCCUCCACCUUACCAGAAUCAACCUCAGCCUCAGCAACAACCUGUCGUUGUUCAGACUGUGGCUGCUCCACCACCGCCACCACCAGUCGCACCGACAUACGUUCGAUUACCAAAUGGUCAGCUUCAGCUUAUACAAACAGUACAGCAGCAAACACCUCAAACUGUGUAUGUCACGAAUCCAGCACCUCAACCAGUUUAUCCUGUGAAAACAAGCGAACAACAUUUCUAUAGCUUCGCAGUAGCACAGACUCUCUUAAUGAUGACGAAUAUUGCCUUCUCUGCAAUUUGCGUUGGAUAUCUUGCCUAUGGUCUGGAUCAAUGUUAUUAUUAUUAA